AUGGAAGAGAAAGCUGAAGCAACUGUAGUUGCAGACAACUGGAAAGAGAAAGCUGCAAGGCGGUGGAAUUUUCUUUGUGUCCUGCCCAGCAGUAGCUAUGAUCCAAAUUUAAAUGCAGCAAGGUUGAACAACAUAUUUAUAUCAUCAUGUGUGCUUGGCGUUUUACUGGAUCCUUUGUUCCUCUACAUUCCCAUGCUCAACCAAGAUAUCAAGUGUAUGAAGUUGGACAACACCUUAAUGAUUGCAGCUCUUGUCUCACGAUCGUUCACUGAUCUAUUCUAUAUAGGCAGAAUUAUUUUUCAAGUUUGUAGAAUUAUUUUGCAAGUUUGUAGAUUUAAAAACUGCCCAGCUUUUAUGAAUCUAUUUCUUCCGGAAAGUUCCUCCUCCGAGUUAAAUCAAUUAAGGAAUGAAUACUUGCCAAAGUCAAGUAUAGCUAAGAAGAUAUGGCAGUCGUCUAUCAUAGUUGACAUUUUAGCUAUUCUUCCUCUUCCACAGGUGGUAAUUCUCUUUUUCUUUCUGAAAAUGAAGGGAGGAUCUUUUGGGAAGCAUAUUAUGAACAUUCUGAUUAUGGUGCAAUAUGUACCGCGAGUUCUUCGCAUCUAUCUAUCAUGCAAAAAAGCUAAAAAACCAUUCAAAGGACAUAUGGCAUUAUGGGUUAAAGGUUUACUCAAUUUUUUUCUUUACAUUCUGGCUAGUCAUGUAAGUUUCACUUUUAUCAUAAUUUAUUUUAAUUUCAAAACUAAUGUACUUGGAGCUUUUUGGUACUUUUUUGCCGUGCAGCGACUAAUAAGUUGUUGGGAACAUGCAUGCCGAUAUGAAAAUGGAUGUGGCAGUAGUACUUUUGACUGUCAUGAUCACCAUACGUUGAGAAAUAUUACUGUGCUAAAUGAUUUAUGCCCUAUAAAUCCACAAAAUUCAACUCUCUUUGAUUUUGGCAUAUAUCUAAAUAUCCUUCAGUCAGGUGUUUUGUGGUCAACAAACUAUCCCCUGAAGUAUUUGAACAGUUUUUGUUGGGGCCUGCGAAAUUUGAGUUCUCUUGCUUCAAAUCUCCAGCCGAGUUUCAAUACAUGGGAAAUCCUCUUUGUGGCUUUUAUAUCUAUAAUCGGCUUGCUACUAUUUGUAUAUCUCAUUGGAAAUUUACAGACCUAUGUGCAGUUAGAUACUGAAAGGUUAGAGUCGCACAGACGCAAGAUGAAAAUUGAAAUGAAGAUGAAAGUAAAAGGCCAAGAAGUAGAAUCAUGGUUAUCUAAAAAUGGCAUCCCCCUGCAUAAUAUGCGGGUGAUCAUGGAAAAGGUACGACAAGAACUUGAAGAAAACUGGGAUAUUGAUGUGGUUCAGGAAAUCCUCUCUGUUCUUACCCCCAAAUAUAUCAAAAGUUGCACCCCGUUCAGAAGGCUGCAGAAGGUGCCACUACUUAAAGACAUGGACGAAGGAGUUUUGAGAGAAAUCUCUGAGAAGCUUAAGCCCAAGAAGUAUACUCCUGAACAAAUCAUUAUUAAGAAGGAUCAAACACUUGAAAUGAUGCUUUUCAUCGUGGACGGACGUGUAACCAUUGAAAAGGAAAAUUCUCAGUUGCAAUUAGGCGCAGGAGAUCUUUAUGGAGAGGAACUUCUAGUUUCGCCAUUGUGGACCUCCUCUGGUGAUGCAAAACCCAUAAACGAGUCUGUUCGGGCCAUUGAUGAUGUUCAAGCCCUUGUAAUCUCCGCCACAGACAUGGCGACCUUGGGCUUUAGUUCCAGGCGGUCUAUCAACGAGUUGCGCAUGGUGGUAACUAUUCUUCAGAAAGUGCCAAAACUUGAAACUAUGGAUAAACAAGUAUUGAAAGCAAUGUCUCAUCAUCUUUCUCUGGUUAGCUAUAAACACGACGAUUAUAUUGUUCGAGAGAACCAACCAGUUAGUAUGAUGUUCUUCGUCACGAGGGGAGAGGUAACAAAAAAUGAGAACCCUUUCGAAGAAAAUUUUAUUGGAGAAGAACUUCUUGAGUGGGUACUGGAUAAGUCUUUUCCUACCAUAUUACCCUUGUCGACCUGCACUGUUAGAGUAGUCUCAAAUGAUGCUGAAGUCCUCGUUUUGAAGGCCAGGAUGUUGAAGAUUGUAGUCUCUAAGUUCAUGAAGCAUUUCAGCGAUUUCGCCUCUCCCUCAGAUAUCCGGUUGACGUGGCUAAAAAAAGUGGAAAUCUUUCAAAACAUGGAGGAACAAGUGUUGGAAGCAAUCUUGCAGUGUCUUAAGCCCAUGAACUUCAAUGUUGCCAAGCGCCAUAUUCUUCAAGAGAAAAAACCACUUAAAAUGAUGUUCUUCGUCAUCCGAGGAGUUGUAUUAAUUGAAAAUGAUAGUUCUAUGGACGUGAACAUUAAAAAAACAUGUGAAAUAGGAAGUUUCUAUGGAGAAGAACUUGUACACUGGGUUACAACUUGGGUAUCACACAAGUCCCUUCCUCCCAAACUACCUUUAUCACCUUGUUCUGCGCUAUGCGGCGUGCUUGGUGGUCCUGUUGAAAUCCUUGCUCUCAAAGCGGACGACUUGAAGAGUGUAGUCUCUGAAUUCAGGUCGAAAUUCAGCAUGGAAACGGCCCUCCCCACAGAUUCUGAUCAGCCUCGGGACCCGUUGACCAUCCUAAAGAAUGUGGAAAGCCUUGAGACUAUGGAUGAGGAAGUGUUGAAAGAAAUAUGCAAGCAUCUUACCCAAAAAACAUAUAAAGAUGAGUACAUUAUUCUAAAGGAUAAACAAAUGGAAAUGAUGUUUUUCAUCGUCAGCGGAGUUGUGUCAGUGACAAACGAGAGCUCGAAACAUUACCGCAGAGAAGGAGAACAUCCAAAUCACAGUGGAGAUGAGCUUAUACAACAUUGGAUGCGAUCUAAAAGUACGGAUGCUAACGUUCCUGCCGAAUUGCCCCCCUCUCCUUUUAGUUUUUGGGCCAUCGGUGAAGUUGAAGUUCAGAUUCUUAAGGCCGAAGACUUGGCAAGGGUUCAGCUUGGUGAUCGAAUUGGUUCUUGAAGAAGUGGCAAGGAAGACUGAUGGCACGAUUACUUGUCCAAGGACAGGUUUGGUUUGCAAUUAAACAAAUCUGGUGAAGACAUGCGUGUGUAUAUAUUUUUGUGUGUGUGUGAUCAAGUGAAACUUAAGCUCGCUGCGGGUCAACUCACAAUUGUGCCAAAUCCCAAAACUUUGAGCCAAGCUGGACCCGUCCCGGCCCAUGAUGAUCCCAGAGUCUGGAAGCCAAAAACUUUCCAGAGCCUAGAUCUAGUCUCGACGCUUGCUAGGUUUAACAUAUUUUAUUAAAGCCCGGAAUUGAAAAUGCUUUUCAUGAGAACUAGCAAGCACUGCAAUUUGCCAAAAUUAAAUUUGCUUUGUCUUGGGAGACGAACGAAUCUAGUCAACAAGACUUGGUGGGGACAUGACCAGAUUCUAUUCUCAAUGCUAAAAUAACAUUUUUUUAUUUAUCCAA